AUUAAGUCUCUUCCGACGAAAGAUGAAGUGUUGUCGCAUCACACGACACAUGCAGUGCAGCUACGGGUGGCCACUCGGAUCGCCCUGCAGCUAGCCCAUCGAGGGCGCCGUUCUGAUCGAUAGCAGUGGCAACCAGUGGCAGGCGUUUCUUGCCAGUUCCGUCGACCAGAAUGACGCCCUUUGAUGGGCGCCGCAGGGCAGGCAGAUUCAGCAGCAAACACAACACAAUAAGCCCCAUACCGAUGGCGUCUGUAGUGACUCUGAGCUGGUCUGCAGCUCUCAUCACUUCGUUGACAAGCCACGCACGAAAUCACACAUCACUCUACCUGCCACUCACCGACCAGAAUCCAUCCAUCCAUCCCACCCCUCAUGGCCAUGCGUGAGGACUACCCCCGCCCGCAGCCCAUCCGUCCGUCUGUCUCAUCUCCUCUGUGUACCUCUACAGAGCACCGCCGUGUCUAUCGUACAUUCGCACUCGUUCUCACCCGCCCGCAUCCGUGGAAAAAUCUCUCGGGCAUUUCCCUCUCUCUCCUCCCUCCCUCCCUCUCGGCCUCUCUCUGCCCCUUGACCAAUGAAUGCACCCUUCCUUCCCCGUCUGUCAAAUCAUCCAAACUUCUGUUUGGCGAGUGAGUACAGGAGUGUGCCGAGGAUGGCCACACCCGAGCCGAUGGCCCCCAGUGGCGUGAUGGGGUUGCGGAAGACCACGAUGGACGCCAGGAUGAUGACGACACGCUUCAUCGUGUUGCCAACGGCGUGAGUCACCGGGUUGACGCGACUCAGCGCCAGGAAAGCAACCUCGUUGUAGAGGUAAUAGCUAAGAACAGACAGCGGCAAACAAUGCAAUCAUACACAUGGCAUGUGUGAGGUGCUGCAAACUGCUGCGGUUAGCGCUCACAAGAUGCCGCUGAGGACCACCAGUUUGGCGAGGGCCAAGUCGGUGACGCCAUUCGCCACGGCCGCCUGCCAAUUGGGCACGAGCGUCUUGUACUCGAAGAACUACAUGAACAGACAGACAGACAGAGUGACCAACGAUGCGGUGAGAGACGGCCGUGACUGAUAGGUCUCGUAUCUCUGUUCGCUCACUGCCGAGAGUGGCAGCAGAGCGAUGCAGCUGAUGAUGGUCAGCAGCGAAUACUGGUUGGCUGCCGUGAGGUUCUCACCUGAAGGCGCCAAGAGAAAGCCAAGAUGCAUCCGUCCAGUGUUGAGGCAUGCAUUGUGUCUGGCGGGUGGCUCGUGCAGGCAGGCCUUUGCUGCGUCCGUACGUACCGACUGCUUUGGGGUCGCUCAUGGUCUUCUUGCCGAAGAUGCCCCGCAGACUCGACGAUAUAUUUGACAGCAUGGCGAAACCUGCACACGCGGCACGGCAGACAGGCAGGCAGGCAGGCAGGAGUGGCGCUGAGCGUCCGGUGUUCUCUCUCCCUCUCUUCCUCUUCCUCUCCCUCUCUCUGCCCGCCUACCGAAUGAAGUCCAGGUGAAUGAGAGUUCCUUUGCCGACGCCAGGCCGACACCAGCCACCACAGGAAUCAGCGCACUGUACGUUAUGGGGCUGCACACACCACACACCACACACCACACACACAGACACACAGACAGAGAGAGAGAGACAACAACCCAAACAAAUGGAUAGAUAAGCGGGAAGGCGGCGUGUGAAUGUACUGGAGUAUCCCUGUUGCCCUGCCCUGCUGCGCUGCGUACCUACCUGAGGUAUUGUCCGAGGACCGCUGCUGAGAGCCCGGCAGUGAAGACCGGCUCGGCGGCCUUGACGAUGUGGGCAAACGACACCGCACCAGCGCCCUACACACACAAUACGAACAAAGAAAGACGAGAAGAGUGAAAGAUGCACUCGCAGCUUCUCUCUUUCUUCUUGCCUUCUCUCCUCCGUACCAGUGCGACGACGGCGCCGACGUGGGUGCCGGUGUGGAAAAGCCCCUGUGGGAUGAGCGUCUUGAGUGCGCCCUCCUUGAGCUUCGGCGCCUUCCUGAUGCCCGUCAGCCACAGCGGCAGGAACAGCGGAAUGCCGAUGAACUGACGACACAGACAUACACACAUACAUAAAGGUACACAAAGGCGCACAGCACAUGGUGUGGCUGGGCUGGCUAUCAUCGGUCUCUGUCGGCUAAGCUAACCAUUUGUGCCCAUGCGACGGACCAGGGGUUGGGCAGGACGUUGAGCGCCUGCUUGUUGUAGAUGUUGUACAGAAUGUUGAACGCAUACCUAACACAAGUCAGUCAGCAAACAAACAAACAAACAAACAAGCAAACAAUCCGUCGUCGACGCACAAAUCAAAUCAGCCUCCCGGCGUCAGCAGUCAGUGCUCACCAUAGCGCGAAGUAUGUGCCCGUCUUGAGCGUCUCCCCGAGGUCGCUCUUCUUGCCAGGUGCCGUCGAAACUGACACACAGCACAGCACAGCACAGCACAGCACAGCACACACACCAGCCAGGCCAACGAUCGCCACUCAUCAGGGCCAGCGUGUGCAUGCCUAUGCCUUUCACACUAACUAACAUGUUUUGGGUAUGUCGACUUUAUCAAUGGUGGUGGCGCUGUCGCCCGUCUCAGUGGACAUCAGCAGAGGGCGCAUCCUGCAGCACACCAGACAGACACACGACAGACUUCCACACAGACAGACUACCAGAAAGACAAUCGGUCCUGUCCUGUCCUGUGAGCUCCCUCCCUCCCUCACGCGUCAGCAUGUUUCCUCAGUGGGCUCAUCUGCGUCCUUCUCAGCACCUUGGCAGUGGCGCCAUACUGCCCGCCGCCGCCCACAAAGCCCUCAGCCGACCUCAGCAGCUGCUCGAGCCCCUCAUUUGCACCGUCAUUGGCACCAUCCAUGACCUGUGCCUCCAGUCUCUCCCCGGCCUCUUCAAUGGCAGGCAGCACUCUUGUCGCGAACACCUCGCCCAUCCGCUGAUACGCACCCAUGAUGGUCGGAUCUGCCUCCAGCACAUCGACGAAGGCCUCCGCUGCCUCCUUUUCACUGCUUCUUGCAUUGAGGGCGGUGUGGAAGGCAUCAGACACUGCUGCGUUGCUGUCGAGGGCGGUGGUGAAGGCUGCGACGGCCUCUGUCACAUCAGGGUUGGUGAAUGGGGCGAGG